GCCACCAACCACCACCACCACCACCACCGCGCUAGGCUAUACCCACCUUACUUACUGUACCUCGCAACGCCAUGCCAACUCUGUCAGCUCUCUCUAGCUCUCAACAUCUCUCUCUCGCUUGCUCUCUCUCCUCAACCUCGUAUCAUCUCGCCCGUCCUUCCUCGUCGGCCUCAAGAGAGUUCUCCACGCCUGUGUGUGUGCGGAUAG